ACACUCUCUCUCUCUCUCUCUCUCUCUCUCUCUCUAUCUCCCUCUCUGUCUCUCUAUCCUCAAACACACACACAAUACACACCCACACAACGAUCACUUUUCCCGCCACACUCCUGCUUCAAGAGUUUUCUCAGGUCUUAAAACGGGGCAGACGAAUGACCGUCUGCUGCGCGUGACGGCAAGACGUGACGGAAAGACAAUCUGCGCGCGCACCCCCGGUAACCGGCGGGCCGGUUGAUCUGAUUUUAACCUGAUACCGGCUGAUCCGAUUAACUAGCAGGGAGGAGCGUUAUCUGCGGAGAGAAGUGCAGCGCUGGAUAAGUGGAGCGACAUGGCGCGCGGGAUGAGCCCGGGAUCGCCGCUCACACCUCUGCUCAUUGUGCUCGCCUGCACGGCGUUACACGGCUCGCGCGCAUCGCAGUUCCCCACGUCGCUCAUCAUAAAAGAAUGGGUGGAUCAGAUGCAGCAGGAGCUGGUGUCCCUAGCUGACACGGCCAGUGCAGGAAAAAGCUUAGUGGAGAUCUUCAUGAAUAAUACGAAAUACUACACAGUGGAACCAAACAAUGCUGGAAGGCUGGUGGAAAAUGCAGCAUGGAAUAUAGAGAACUUUUUAAAGAAGCGAGCGAAAGCACUUGAGGCUUUGGCAACUGCUGCAGAAAACUUCCAGAUGGCUCAUCAGUGGAAGGAAGAGUUUGACAAGAAUGAUAUUGUCUAUUAUAACGCCAAGGACAAUCUUGAUGUCAAUGAAACCGAAGGAAGGAAAAAUCGGAUCCGACCGGAAUUUAAAGAAGAUCCGUUUUUUAAAAACCGCCUCAUCUCUUACAACCACACAGCUGUGCACAUCCCUACAGACAUAUAUGAUGGAUCCACCAUUGUGUUAAAUGAACUAAACUGGACUGAAGCACUGGAGGAUGUGUUUAAGAAGAACAAGGAUGAAGACCCAACUUUACUCUGGCAAGUGUUUGGCAGCGCUACAGGGCUGGCUCGCUACUACCCUGCCUCUCCGUGGAAAGAUGCCAGGAAAACGCCAAGUAAAGUUGACCUAUAUGAUGUCCGCCGCAGACCCUGGUAUGUUCAGGGUGCUGCCUCGCCUAAGGACAUGCUCAUUCUGGUAGACGCGAGCGGCAGCGUGUCCGGAUUAACUCUGAAACUCAUCCGAACGUCCGUCAGUGAGAUGCUGGAGACUCUCUCAGACGAUGACUAUGUCAACGUAGUGUAUUUUAACACAAAAGUGGACAACAUAGCAUGUUUCAACCAUCUGGUCCAGGCCAACGUUCGCAAUAAGAAAAUCCUGAAAGAUGCAGUGCAGAACAUUACAGCUAAGGGGAUAACCAACUACACAAAGGGCUUUGAAUUUGCCUUCAAACAGCUCUCAGAUCAGAAUGCAACAAGAGCUAACUGCAACAAAAUCAUCAUGCUGUUUACUGAUGGAGGAGAGGAGAGAGCUCAGGAGAUCUUUGAACGAUACAACAGUGAUAAGGAGGUCCGUGUCUUCACAUUCUCUGUUGGCCAACACAACUACGACACAGGACCUAUACAGUGGAUGGCUUGUGCCAAUAAAGGUUACUUCUAUGAAAUCCCUUCUAUUGGAGCAAUCCGCAUAAACACACAGGAGUAUCUUGAUGUCCUGGGCAGACCUAUGGUGCUGGCUGAUGCUAAACAGGUGCAAUGGACCAACGUUUACCUGGACGCCUUGGAGCUGGGUCUGGUCAUCACAGGCACUUUACCUGUCUUCAACAAGACUAAAUCCAGAGAAAACAGCUCGCGCAUCCAGCACGGGAACCAGCUCAUUCUAGGAGUGAUGGGUGUGGAUGUAUCUCUGGACGAUAUUAAGAGACUGACACCGCGCUUUACAAUCGGUCCUAACGGAUAUUAUUUUGCGAUAGAUCCCAACGGCUAUGUGCUGCUCCAUCCAAACCUCCAGCCUAAGAAUCCUAAAUUUCAGGAGCCUGUCACUCUGGACUUUCUGGAUGCUGAACUAGAAAAUGAUAUUAAAGUCCAGAUAAGAACCAUGAUGAUUGACAGGACUGCUGGUGAUAAGAAGAAGAUUGAGACACUGGUCAAAUCUCAGGACGAGAGAUACAUUGAUCGAGGAGUUAGGACUUACACAUGGGUACCAGUCAAUGGCACAGACUACAGUUUGGCCUUGGUUUUGCCCGAGUACAACUUGCACUACAUCCAAGCAAACCUAGGGGACAUAAAUCAAGCCAUGUUCUUAGAUACUAUGCAAGUGGAGAAAUUUGAGGAUUAUGGCUACACCUUUAUAGCACCCAGGGAAUAUUGCCAAGACCUGAAACUCUCCACCAACAACACUCAGUUCCUCAUUGACGUGAACCAGUACAUCGACAAGAGAACGCCCAAUGACCCAAUGUGUAAUGUGACUUUACUCAACAGGCUGUUGCUGGAUGCUGGUCUUACAGCUGAAUUAGUCGAUCUUUGGAAAAACCAGAAUGUAGAAGGUGUGUUGGCCAGGUUUGUGGCUACGGAUGGGGGCAUCACACGGGUUUACCCUAAAAGUGCUGGAGAAGAGUGGACCGAGAAUGCAGAGACCUUUGAUUCCAGUUUCUACAAGAGGAGUUUAGACAAUGACAUAUAUAUCUUCACUGCCCCUUAUGUCAACAAGAGCAGGGAGUCCAGCUAUGAGUCUGGUAUUCUGGUCAGUAAAGCUGUGGAACUGGACUUCAAUGGAGUCAAACUCAAACCAGCUGUGGUGGGAGUCAAACUCAAUGUAUCUGCCUGGAUGAACAGCUUCAUGAACGCCACCUUGAAGAUAAAUUGUAAGGAGGAGAUCUGUGGCUGCCUCAGGAACGAUAAGCAUGUGGACUGUGUGAUACUGGAUGAUGGAGGCUUCCUGCUCAUGUCUAAUCAGGACGAAUACAUCAUACAGAUAGGUCAGUUCUUUGGUGAAGUGGACCCCAUCCUCAUGGCUAGACUGUUGAAUACAUCACUUUACACGUUUAAUAAAACCUAUGACUAUCAGUCGGUGUGUGACCCCGAGAAAGAGCCAAAGGCUGCCGCUGGGCCACGAUCUGCAUAUGUGCCUACCGUAGCUGACAUGUUAAGUCUAGGCUGGUGGGCAUCCACUGCUGCAUGGUCAAUGCUUCAGCAUUUCCUCCUCAGCCUCACUUUCCCGAGUUUUCUAGACGCAGAGGAGGAUAUCUCAGAUGCCUACUCGAAAGAAAGCUGUAUAACAGAGCAGACUCAAUAUUUCUUUGAGAAUGACAACAGGUCUUUCCAAGGUGUACUGGACUGUGGAAACUGUUCUAGAAUGUACCGAGCAGAGAAGCUUCCCAUGACCAACCUGGUGUUUCUGAUUACUGAUGCCAAGAGCACCUGUCUUUCCUGUGACACCAAGCCAGUGAGACAGGCUGAGCAGCCUUCCAACGGUCCGGACCCCUGUUUCCUGGCUGCAUAUCCCCGCUACAGAAAAGGCCCAGAAGCCUGCUUUGAUAACAACAUUAACGAUGAACCUUUGUGCCCCAUCAGUGCAUCUUCCACCUUGGCUUCAUCUUCCUUUAUCCUUAUACUGAUGUUUCUGUUUUUUGUAUGAUGGAAGAUGCGUCUGACUGUGGCAGUGGUUGUAGUCUGAUUCCGUCUCUCUGGCCAGUGGUAGCUCUUCAGCUGCUGCUCCUCUGGCUGCUCACUGAAACCAGCUGCUGCUCCUGACAAGCACACAGCCGCUCAAUGCCCACGAAUUAAUCACAGACUGAUCAUUACGCAAUUAACCGGCAUACACACACUUCACUUCCUAACCACCUUUCACAGCCGGACCAGAAUUACAAACAACAACCACAUCUCACGGAAAGCUUUCCUGACUCAGUCUUGAUCAUGUUCGAGAAUACAUUCCUGAUAAAAAAAAAAAAAACCCACUCUGUGCAUACACUGCUGACCAAAGCACAAAGUAGUAAGACAUGACUGUGUUCCUCAUGGCCUCUUCAGGUUUCCUGGAGGGAAAGAUAAAAGACUAUUAUUUUCAAAGAGCUACAUUUCACUUAUCUUUUCAGUUUCCUUUCUGAGCUAACGAGGAAUCGACGCUGGGACUCUCUCUUGCUUAAAGAGGGAAAGAGUCUCCCAGACAAUGUAGCAGUCUUUUUAGUUCAAUGUUUUGGGGGGAAAUAUAUUUCAUUUUGCCUGCUACUGCUGCACUUAUUCGAGGCUUGAAGACGGGUGGAUCAUUUUAACGAAUGGUGAUCUGAGCACAUAAAUAUGAUUUAAGAACUGUGAGGUGCCACGUCAUGUGUCUUUGGAUUGUUUUAUGUAAUUCGCUCUCACAUCAAAAGAGUGGUGGGGAUGAAGUAAUUAUUUGACUGCCAUUCAACGAAUCAUUAGACAAGUUGAGUUUAUCAUGGACGAAAUCCAUGAUUUCUUUCCCCAGGCCCGAACUUAAAUCCUGCAUUCUACAUUUGGCCCACUGACCAUUCUGUUUUUUAUUAUCUGUCAUACAGAUACUUGAUCUACUAGAAUUUCUUCCAGUAUGAGUUCUAUGCCAUGAUAUCACACAGAUGUCCAUCACUGAGAUGCAAGAAACACUUUAUUUAUGUUAAACACAGCGCAUGCCAAAUUAUGAACGUUCUGUAUUCAUUACUACUAUCCAUAAGAGACACUUUCUUCCCUAAAGAAAAAAAUCACUGAAGAAACAUUCAGGCGUGUAUUUGUUUUCUUCUCUUUCCCCGGCCUUACUUAAAUAGUACCCAAGAAUACAGCUACCAUUCAUUUCAGUUCUGAUUUAAAAGAAAGCUUAAUGAUUGACUGUUUGAAGCUCUGCCAGUCCUUAUUAGAGGAAAUACAGUAAGACUUGCAGCAUCAGCAUACAUGGAGUCAUUAUAACCUUUCCUAUUUUGUCCACAAACACAAGUGCAUGACUUUUCACAAAAGAUCCUCAAAUGGCUGUUUUUUAACCCGUUUAUUUGGAUUAGACACGUUUUUUGAAGCUGUGGCGAAGCUGUGGUUUUGUCACACUAAUCAAGUUUAAACAAUGCUGAGUGUUUCAGGUGAAAAGUUCAUGUGUCAGCUCGGUUGCCAAAUGCGUGUGAAAUACAGCAUAUUGGACUAUAUUUUUUGUCGCUCUGUAGCCAAGUGGAAGGUGAAUGCAGACGGGAGGAAGUUUUCCUGAAGCACACUCGUUUUUUUUUUAACGUCUACUGUAUUCCGUAGCGUUAUUUACGUACGUAGUCUUCUAUGAAUCUCCGAACGAUCCUUACGUCUGAAUUUCUUACCUUUGGCCUCAGGCAGAUGUGGCAUUGAAGUCUAUCAGAUAAAGAUGAGGUGAGAUGCGUCCAAACUCAAUGUAUAUAGGCUAAUCUUAAUGAAGUGUAUAUAGGCACUGCGGAUGCUUUCUUGUGUGCAGUGCAAAAAAAAUAAAAAUGUCAGGAAAGAAAACAGUUCAGGAACCAAAUCACAAUCAGAAAUAUAAAAUCUAAAUAUAUAAAAUUCAAUUUUUAAGGCGGUGCCUAUAUAGUUAUUCAUUGUUGCUCAAAUGCAUUGCAAAUUGCACAUAAAAGUAUUAAAAGGACAGUAAUGAGAAAGCAUAUUAUAAGAUUGGAACCGUCUGUUAAAUGUGGUCAAUGUUUUCAGUUGCUUUAUUUUAAGAUUCCACAUCUAUAUUUUAGUGUACGUUAUAAAAGUACAGAUUUCCUUUAUGCAAAUUAGCCCGUUCAGCAUAUUUCAGAAGACGUAAUAUUCGGUAAUAUACUUCCACUUUACAUAAGAGGACAUGGUCAAUGAAUUUUUGGACAUGUUCCCUCUGUUACAGAGUACGUCCACAUCUACUGACUGAAGCAGUACUGUGUAACACUGAGAACUUGCAUGUAUCAUUAUAUAGACUUUACAGAAGCAUCCAAGCCCCCUUAUGUAAAGUGGGGGCAGUAGGUGUCUAUUGUGUGUGUGUGUGUGCGUGUGUGUAUGUGUGUGUGCACGUGUGUGUUCUCUGAAUGCUGCUCUCAGCUGCUGUGUCGUCCCGUUGGGCUGCUGUGUGUCCGUGCUCAUGAACGUACCACUGGUGCUGAUGCUCGAUGUGCCAGGAGAAGAAAUCGCUUUCUUUCUAGAGUGUUUAUCGAAGUUGCUCUUGUUUGCUGAUGGGAGGUGUGGCCUGUGCAUUUGUAGCUCCGCCUCUUUUCAGGUUGUGCUCUAAAAUCCUUCUCUUUUUUGUGGAGCUUGACAAGCCUGAAAACAUUUUUGUAUACAUUUGUACCAUGUUAUUAAAGAAGACGACAAAUGAGGAAAAAAAUGUUUGUAUUGAAUUCAAAUGUGUUAAUUAUUGUGCAGAUGUAUUCACAAUAAAAGUUUAUUGUUAUUAACCUA